CGUCUUCUGGACUCCUCUGCAGCCAGACAUGAGCCUGGAGACAGCAGAGGAGAAGAGAGCCUGAGCUUCACCUGGUGAAAAAGGACAACCAGAGACCUCGAGCCAGAUCUGCCGCUCGGAACCCGAGAUGGCUGUGGAGGAUCUCCGGGUCCCCAGCACCCCGUUCUCGCUCUCCUUUUCGGGCAGCGGCUUCCUGGCCCUGUACCAGGUUGGGGUGGUGCAGUCCCUGCUGGAGUUGGCUCCCGAGCUCCUCAAGUCCGCCUGCAAGGUCUACGGCUCCUCGGCCGGGUCGCUCGUCGCCGCCGCCGUCGUGUGCGGCGUCGGCCUCGAUGACCUAAAGGAGUUUUUCUUUGCACUGGCAACAGAAGUGAGGAAAACCAUCCUGGGCCCCCUCUCUCCCAAGUGCAGCUUGCUGGCCAAUCUCAGGGCUGUCCUGCAGCGGAUGCUGCCGGAGGAUUCCUACCUGCUGGCCUCGGGGCGGCUGCACAUCUCGCUGACGCGGGUGGUGGACGGCCAGAACGUCAUGGCCUCGGAGUUCAGCUCCAAGGAGGAGCUCAUUCAGGCUCUCCUCUGCAGCUGCUUUCUUCCAAUUUACUGUGGAUUCAUCCCUCCAUCCUACCGAGGAGUGCGCUACGUGGACGGAGGUUUCACGGGCCUGCAGCCCGUGUCCAGCCUGGAGGAGCCUGUGAUCACCGUGUCCCCGUUCACCGGCGAGCUGGACAUCUGCCCCCGCGACUGCCCCGCCAUCUUCUUCUGCUUCCAGAUCUUCAACGGCAGCAUCCAGAUCUCCAUAGAGAACCUGUGCAGGAUCAGCUACGCUCUCUUUCCACCCAGCACCAUGGUCUUGAACGACAUCUUCUCCCAGGGGUACCAGGACACUGCCCUUUUCCUGUACAGGAACAAUGCCUUUGGCUUUAACUACUUCGAUGGCAAUUUCCGCUUCGGCAGCACCUGUGGGAAGAAUGACUCUGGAAAAUCCAACGGGACACACCCCGGCCUGUACAAAAGGGUCCCUCAGUGCCUGACCCCUUUCUUCCUGCCAGGCUUGUGGAAGAAGGAGCAGGUGAAUGGACUGCAGGACCCGCUGGCGAAGGUCCUGCUGCAGCCGUACAGGCUCCCAGCCUUGUUCAGGAAGGGGGUGAAGAAGGUGUGGGGGCUGCUGGAAGGUGUCAGCUCCCUGCUACAACGACUCCACAAGCUCCUCCAAACCCUGGUGCCUGGUUUGCUAAAGACAGCCGUGGACAGGAGGAGGUAACAAGGAUUGUCCCAGCAGGGCCCUGGGGGUCUCCAGCACUGCUUUGGAAUGCGAUGGACAACACCAGCACACACCAGCACGGCUGCUGGUUCUCCAG